AUGGCUCCUGGAGAGAAGAUCAAAGCCAAAAUCAAGAAGAACCUGCCCGUGAGGGGGCCUCAGGCGCCCACCAUUAAGGAGCUGAUGCGGUGGUACUGUCUGAAGACCAACACCCAUGGCUGCCGUCGCAUCGUGGUGUCCCGCGGCCGCCUCCGCCGCCUGCUCUGGAUCCUGUUCACGCUGACGGCGGUGGCGCUGAUUUUCUGGCAGUGUGCCCUCCUGGUGCUCUCCUUCUACACCGUCUCAGUCUCCAUCAAAAUCCACUUCCAGAAGCUGGAUUUCCCUGCAGUCACCAUCUGCAACAUCAACCCUUACAAGUACAGUGCCGUGAGGCCCCUUCUAGCCGACUUGGAGCAGGAGACCAGAGCAGCCUUGAAGACCCUGUAUGGCUUCUCAGAGAUCGAGUCUCGGAAACGCCGAGAGGCAGAGCCCAGGAGUUUGGCGUGGGAGGGCACCCAGCCCAAGUUCCUCAACCUGAUCCCACUGAUGGUCUUCAAUGAGGGUGAGACCAGCAAGGCCACAGACUUCCUCACGGGGCGGAAGCGCAAAGUCAGUGGGAGCAUCAUCCAUAAGGCAGCGGACGUCAUGCAUGUCCAAGAGUCCAAGGAAGUGGUGGGAUUCCAACUGUGUUCGAACGGCACAUCCCACUGUGCUGUCUACACCUUCAGCUCGGGAGUCAAUGCCAUCCAGGAGUGGUACAAGCUGCACUACAUGAACAUCAUGGCGCAGGUGCCUCUGGAGAAGAAAAUCAACAUGAGCUACUCUGCAGAGGAGCUGGUGGUUACCUGCUUCUUUGACGGGGUGUCCUGUGAUGCCAGGAACUUCACCCUCUUCCACCAUCCGAUGUAUGGGAACUGCUACACCUUCAACAAUAAGGAAAACGAGACUAUCCUCAGCACCUCCAUGGGGGGAAGCGAGUACGGGCUGCAGGUCAUCUUGUACAUAAACGAAGAGGAGUAUAACCCCUUCCUGGUGUCCUCCACCGGGGCUAAGGUGAUUGUCCACCGGCAGGAUGAAUACCCCUUCAUCGAGGACGUGGGCACGGAGAUUGAGACGGCGAUGGCCACCUCCAUAGGGAUGCACCUGACGGAGUCCUUCAAACUGGGUGAGCCGUACAGCCAGUGCACAGAGGAUGGCAGCGACGUGCCCAUCGACAACAUCUACAACGCCGCCUACUCACUCCAGAUCUGCCUCCACUCGUGCUUCCAGACUAAGAUGGUGGAGAGGUGUGGAUGUGCCCAGUACAGCCAGCCUCUGCCUCCUGCAGCCAACUACUGCAACUACCAGCAGCACCCCAACUGGAUGUACUGCUACUAUGAACUGCACCAGGCCUUCGUCCAGGAGCAGCUGGGCUGCCAGUCCGUGUGCCGGGAAGCCUGCAGCUUCAAGGAGUGGACCCUGACCGCCAGCCUGGCACAAUGGCCAUCUGUGGUUUCUGAGAAAUGGUUGCUGCGUGUUCUCACUUGGGACCAAGGCCAACAAAUAAAGAAAAAGCUGAACAAGACAGACUUGGCCAAACUCUUGAUAUUCUACAAAGACCUGAACCAGAGAUCCAUCAUGGAGAGCCCUGCCAACAGUGUGGAGAUGCUUCUGUCCAACUUCGGUGGCCAGCUGGGCCUGUGGAUGAGCUGCUCCAUCGUCUGCAUCAUUGAGAUUAUCGAGGUCUUCUUCAUCGACUCUCUCUCCAUCAUUGCCCGCCAACAGUGGCAGAAGGCCAAGAAGUGGUGGGCCCACAGGCAGGCACCCGCCUGUCCUGAGGCUCCCCGCAGCCUUCGGGGCCAGGACAACCCGGUCCUGGAGAUAGACGAUGACCUGCCCACGUUCACCUCCGCUUUGCGCUUGCCGCCAGCCCCGGGGGCCCAGGUGCCUGGCACGCCGCCCCCCAGAUACAAUACCCUGCGCUUGGAGAGGGCCUUCUCCAACCAGCUCACCGACACCCAGGUGCCCGCUGAGUCCUGA